AUGCGAGAAAAGCCGAGAAAAUUCCAGAACAAUAAAGAGAAAAUGCUGUUAGACCCCUCCGACGAGCAGCCAAUGAACGACGUUCCUCGCCGCCAACUCACCACUACCAACAUCCACAUCAUGGCCUUCGACGGCAUAGUUAACGUCAACUCCCUGUUCACGAUAGCGCUCUUCCUCGGCCUCGCCCUCAACCCCACCGAUCCCAAAUAUACCCUCGUCGAUACCACCACCACCUGCGCUGCCUCCUCCGCCGUCGCCGAACACCUCGUCUCCUUCCAAAUCUACUCCUUCAGCUCCUUCCUCUUCUCCAGCCUCAUCGCCUUCGCUCUCAAACAGGCCAUCCAAACCGCCUGCGACGGAGACCUACAGUGCCGUGGUGUCCACACGGCGCACGUUAGCACGAAGGCACUGCGAGCCGGGAUUCUGGUGUCGGCGGCUGGGUCAGCCUCCGGCUGCGUGUUUCUGACGGUGGCGCUUGUGGAUUUGAUUGAGAUAAAGCUGGGGAAGUUGAGUUGCUGGGGAUGGGAAAAUUUGGCCGCCGUUGGGCCUCUGGUGACCUUAGUACCUUCUGGACUUCUCAUUUACAUUUGUAUUGUGUUACAUGCCUUCACUCGCUAG